AUGUCGGAGGGGUCUGUCAGGACAAUGUUCCGCAUCCGGAUUUCGUCCGUCUCCGGAUGGUCCGAUGGCUUUGUUAUGUCGGAUGCGUUGCAUCCAUUCGGCGCCUUACUAUUGUUGGUGGCGCUCCUGUGCUCUCCGGCCGCCAAUCAGGAGGCAGGGAGCGAAGGGGUGGACCAUGACGCCAACAACGACACUACAGCAGCCAAGGAAAGGAGAGAAAACGCCGCCGCUGGUGCCAAUGAAGAAACCCCAACUCCAGACAAACAAGAGACGGCUGUGGAUAACGUAUUUGAGAGGGCUGACAGCACUUUUCCUAGUGAUGAUACUGAGGAUAAGGGCAAGUUUUUCAUAAAGAAUGCUCGCUCUUCCUCCACAUGGACUUUCCUCUCCUCCUUCACCUCCACCGUGCCCUACACCUGCUACAGAUCCAAUGGUAUGGCACUUACCGCUUGCACGGGUAGGAGGCUGAGACGCUCCCACAAGCUGGCCUCUGUCUGGGAUGACAAAGACGGCUCCGAGCGCCUCCACGGCAGCAUCCUCGAGGAGGACACUGAAUCGCAGGCGGAGGAGAAGGCGGGCGACGGCAAGUUCUUCUUCAAGGUGUGGACCACCAUCGGCACCACAGUCACCGUCACCACCUUCUCCACCAAUCGUUCCGUCACUGUCUCUGUAUCGGUGGCCUGUACUUUCCCCGGAGCUGUCAUCAAUCAGUGCUAGUAGAUCUGUACCUGUGAACGUGUACGUGUGUGUGUGUGUGUGUGUGUUUUGUUAGUUGGUUGGUUAUUCCUGGCACACACACACACACACACACACACAUUUUGCGUUUUUCACGCACAAGUACACUUCAUGUAUUUCUUUUUUCCUUUGUUGUAAUUUUUAAAGUCACAUACCUGUUGGUGCUUAUUCCUCCUGGACCUUGCUACUGCUGCUGAUUUUACAUCUACUACUACUGCUCGUUACUACAACUGCUGCUACUACUGCUACUACUACUACUACUACUACUACAACUACUGCUGCUACUACUACCACUACUACUACUACUACUACUACCACUACUACGAAACUAAUGCAAUUGUUUUUACUAUUGCUACUGUUGUUUUGGUAUUGUUGUUGUUACUGUUGUCACUGUGGGAGUUUUUUUCCUCUUCAUAAAAUGACAGACAAAUAAUAUCAACCAAUACACCAUAUAUAUAUUACCAGCAAAUACAACAACAGUACCAGCAAUAAGUAAAAGAAAAAAAAACUAUAAUGCUAAGCGUAACGUUGUUUUUCAGCAUUCCUUCCCUCCUUCCUUUCUUUCUCUUUCAUUGUACUUUGACAGGUUCUUUGAAUGCAAUAAGGCCUCAAUAACUGCCAUAUUUCUUCCCUCACUUCCUCUCCGACCUCUCGUUCUCUCGCGUGUCCUCUUUUCUUACUCUCUGGCAUCCUUCCAUUGCCGCGCUACAUGGACAUCUAGCAAUGAUGUGAUGACACAUAUGAUGAUGAUGAUGACGAUGAUGAUAACGAUAACGACUGUAUUUUUUUUGUUUAUAAUGUAUUUAUAUAACUGACCCCUUGUAAAUAUAUGUAUUGUAUUAAACGACUUCAUUUUAUA